AUGAGAGACCGUCCUGAACCAGGUACUUCUUAUCUUAUUCAUUUUUCAUCCUGUUACAGUUUUUUUCUUUAUUUUAACACAAAUUAUUCUGAAACUCUUUUUGAAAAACAUGGAGAAAAUAAAUAGUUGAAAAAAAUAUGAUUUAGAUAUGGACAUUGCGGCCACUUUCGACCACGAGCCGUUCAGACAUACAGAUGAGAAAUACAAAUGCUUGUGCAACAGAAUGCAUUGCAAGGUUCGUUGGAACUUCGGUUUCUGUUUUUCCAGUUUAGGGGAUCCAAUGCAGUCUCGAAAAAAAAUUAGAAGAUUUUUUGAAAACUUGUAGCAUUAUCUUCUUGAGUUAACGAGCAAUAUACAAGAGCUUUUUCAUUUCAUGAAACCGACAAAAACCGGCUUACGCCAUCAAAAAUCAAAUGAAUGAAGUUCGGAAAUUCUUUCAGCAAUACCAUCAAGUUGAAGCUCAGAAAUUCAGUUUUUUUAAUUGAAGGUUCAGUAACUAAACCUUUAAGUAAGCAGAACAUACUCUUAACACUACAGAGAGGUUUUUUCAGCAAGGCUGUCGGUACAUCUUCAUUUUCCUGAUUGUCGUCAUUGUCGUUGGCCUUAUUCUGCUAGCAGUUAAUUAUAAGUGCGUUUUUUCGAGAAAGAAAAACUUGAAAAAAAUAGGUCAACUGUGUUUUUUGUCUGAAGUCACGCUGUAUCAAUGUGACAGUCCGAUUUCCUAUGGAUGUUUUGGAUCUUCGACCCUAAUUCCAAACUUGAAACUUCAGCCACGGGACGUGGGCAACAUUCAUCCUUCACUCGGUGAUUCUUGUGGGCAUCGGACUAUGUGCGGCUACUUUAUUCCUUGCCAUGAAGACAGAAAAAGAAAAAAUGUUACUUCCAGUCGUCGGACUCGCUGUGAGUAAUCUCAGGAUUUUAUUUCAAUUUUUAUUGUAAUUGGCAGGUCCUGGGAGCUGUAGUAGCCUUGAUUUUCUUCUUCUUCUGCAUCUGGACACUGUUCGAUCCAGUCGGAGAAAGCGGCAAAAUUGUGAAUAAUUUCGUCAUGACACACAACAACACGCUUCAAAAAGACUAUGGCUUGGAAGAAAACCGAGACGGUAUGAACAAAUUAUCGGACCGGCUCUAAUCUUACUGUUUCAGAUAUCCAAACGGUCUCCGCAUUCGGAGUAGUCCUUUCGCUUCUGGGACUCGCGGCUAGCAUCUGGGUGGCCUUCGUGGUCUACAAGUACUACAUGUAUCUGAGAGACAUGAAACGGGCUCGCAAUCCCAAAACUCAAGUCGUUCAGGUUUUCAACUCAUUUUGAAGCCCUUCAAUAAACAGCAAAAUUUCCUUCUAAAAAUAUUUAUGAGAAGCUUUUUUCAUCUAUGUUAAUCUAAAAAUUGUAAAAUAGCCCUACGUGUCACAAUCUCCUUACCGCUACCACAUGAUUAAAAUUUUCUGAUGAAAACUUGGAAAAACAAUAGUUACCGAGUGUCCUUCUGUAUAGCCUUUAACUGACUGAAAAAAUUUUUAAGACUGUUCAGGUAGUUAUUAUUUUAUUAAAAUUUUGGCCUUCCUUUUAUGAAAAAAUCAAACUGAUAAGAUAAUUUUUUUAAAAACUGAUUAUGAAAAAAAUUGAUAAAUUUUUUUCGGGUCAUCGGUAAUUAAAAGUGUAUUUCAGGUCAAUCGCGAAGUAACUGCUCUCAAAAAAAGGCUUCACGCAAUAAUGAUCCCUCAUUGA